CUGACUAGGAUGCCAAAUCAUCACACACGUCAGCGACAAGUCAUCAAUAUCAUUGCCACAUCAUUUUGAUUUAUCUUUCAACAAUUCCAUGUGGAUAAAUGAAAAAAAUAUUUGUUUUCAAAUAAUCUUUUUUAUCUGAACUAAUUUUUAUUUAUUUAAGAAAACUAAAAAAAAAAAAAAUUAUCCCACGUCCCUCUCUUCUCUCUACGCAGCCAGCAGAGCACCCCCUUCUUCUCAAUUAUUUUUUUCAAUUCCUCCCCAAAUUCUCUCCCCCAAAUCCCUACUCUAGAUCAAAUAACCAAUCAAUAUUUAUCUUCCUCUUCCUCUUCGAGCUUCUCGCUCUCCAUCGUUCUCUGCCGGAUAUCUCAAGUGCAGCCUAUCAGGACCGCCGGAGAAGAAGAUAGAGAAGGCGACGGCGGGGGAUAUCCACCCGCAUCGACGACCGGCGACAUCUUUCCCAAGUGGUAGGAUCCUGUAUUUAGUCGAUUUGGGUCAAAUUUCAACACCCAGAAGGAAGGAUGUGGGUGUUGUCAUCACCAUCGCCACCAAAUCCCUAAUCCCCAAAUCCUUGCCAUCGUCACCAUCGCCACCAUGACCAUCGAUCGACAGUGGAGCUGCGAUUCUGGGUUGUUUUUGCUUGUUCUGGGUUUUUCAUUUGGAAGAGACGGAUGGAUUCAUUGGAUUGAGGCGGAAGAAGAACCCCAAAUCGAGUUCUCUAGUUCAUCCAAAACCCCUAAACUGAAGGGACGAGGUCGGUGGUGCAGCGGAGUAUUGGCAUCUAAAUCGUUCCAAAAUCAGAAAACGCAGAGGAGAAACAAUAAAAAGGGAAAUCUUCUAUCGAUUAUGAAAGCCGAAGAUCUCCAUCCGCUGAAAGAGGGGAGCGAUUGUGGAUCCCGCGGCCGCGGUGGUCAACGGAGCCAGGAACGAUGUCGUGGUCUUCGAGUAAAGGGUGUCGUGGUCUUCGAGUAAAGGGGUAGCAACAACUAUACCGUCGGUGACCAUCUGAUUUUUCCGGAAUGAGUGCUUCAGUGGUAGUGUGAAAAUGGCGCUGUGGGGAUGUAAAAUGCCCUGGUUGUUUGCCGGUGAUGAUGUGGAGAAAGGGCGGAGGGAAAUCAGGAGAGUGGGUAGGUUGGAAGGAGAGAAGCUUUUUUAUUUUAUGUAUAGUAUUUGUUUUUAUUUUCCAUAAAUCAAAAGACCAACUAUUUGAAAAUAUAAAAUUUUAAUUAUUGU